AUGGAAGGUGAUGCCAUCAUGGAUGUUGGCGACACAAUGGCCGGUGGCGACGCCACGGAUGGUGGCGACACAAUGGCUGGUGGUGACGCCAUGGCUGGUGGUUACGCCACGGAUGGUGGUGACACAAUGGCUGGUGGCGACGCCGCGGAUGGUGGUGACACAAUGGCUGGUGGCGACGCCACGGAUGGUGGUGACACAAUGGCUGGUGGUGACGCCAUGGCUGGUGGUUACGCCACGGAUGGUGGUGACACAAUGGCUGGUGGUGACGCCAUGGCUGGUGGUUACGCCACGGAUGGUGGUGACACAAUGGCUGGUGGUGACGCCAUGGCUGGUGGUUACGCCACGGAUGGUGGUGACACAAUGGCUGUUGGCGACACAAUGGCUGGUG